CAAACGUUUCAGGGCAACCCAUUCUUGUAUCUUAGAAUCCUUUUCUAAGCUCUCACACGCAUGAGAGCUGGUUGGACUUCGUGAGGAAGUAAACACACUCUGCAAUUAGGCAUGGGAAGCUUUUACUGCUCUUUCCUGUAUUUGUGGCUCAGCUAAGUAUUUGAAAAUUGCUGAACAUGCUUCCAGAGCCAUCAAGGGUACUAAUGUAGUUCUAAGGCUGCGAUCCUAAGCUUACUUGCCUGCUGAAUUCAUAAGAACUUGCUGAAUAAAAUGAGGAGGCUUAAACUGCACAGUUCGCAGAGCCAUUCCCCAAAUGUGAUGCUGUUGCUUACAGACUGUGACUUAGUUUUUAAAAUAAGCGUUCUGUGGCUCAAGUCUGCCUGGAAGGUCACCACUGUUAAGAUGGGAAUUACAAUUUGUUUAAAACUGUUUUUAAUGCUGUAUUUUACACUGUUGUUGCUCAUCCUGGAAUCUUGUGGCGAAGAGCAGAGUAAAGUAUUCUGGAAACUAUUGUACUCUCUGCUGAAGCAAAUCCAAGGUGGAGGAUGGAUGGAGCCUGCUGACACAGGUACCCAAGUCAGAUUUGUCAAAAGUGUAGCCUUGAGCCAUGGCUACAGAAGGCUGGCAUUUUAUCAGCUUCCUUCUGAUGGUUCAGAAGGGAGCAGAGAGCUGCUAUUGGUAUUUUCCUGGCUUCUCUGCAGAAUCAGCAUAAUGGAACAGUUACUGACACUAAGUAGAGUGAAACUUUGGGAUGAAGCAAUAGUUUGCAUGUGUGAUGCCCCUCUGAAAAGCCUACAGGAUGAGGAAAGCCUGGCUCCCAAAUCUCAUGUGAAAGGUCAAAGAGAUGUCCGAUACUUGCAGUGGUUAAAUGGCCACCUGCAGUUCUGGUGGAGGAAUUGCCACACUGAACAGCAAGAGCAAUGCACGCUCCUGCAUAAGGUACAUUCAUACACAAUUGGCUCUCAUACUGACUCCAUUAUUGGCCAUUUCUCAGUCACAGAAGCAGAUGUUGUGAGGCGACCAGAUAAUUACAAGCAGCUGUUGCAGUUCAUCGAAUCCUGUAGCUGUCGACUGGAAGCUUUUCUCAAAUGGAAACCCCUGGAACCAGUUUACUGGCAUUGGAUGGAGACCCUUUUAGAUCCUUCAACAGAAAAUGCAAACCCCCACAAAACGUGUAACAAAGACAGUAUUUUGCCAAGUGCUGACCUGUAUUGUUAUGACAUUAAUAGAACAAUUAAAGAACUGGACAGAUGCAGGAAAGAUCUGUUGACUCUACGUGAUGGGCUGGAUGAGCUUAUAGCAUACAAGAAACUGAGUUGCCAUGGAAAGGUCAGAACAAGAGAGCAGAAGCAACUGGGAGAAAGGGAGUUCUGCAGGGCUGUCAAAAAAGUAGAAGAAGUUGUGGAGCUGAAACUAUCUGACCUUAAAUGCCACAGUAGUGACAGUAGAACCAAUACAAUGCAUGGACCGUACAGACUUGUAUUUAAAAGGAAGCAUUUAAAGGCCAGCAAAAUGAUCAGGUCAGCAGAACCCCAGGAACCCAUUGUAGAAGGUAUUGCAUUGACAGAUGUGAUCUGUGAUCUGAGAAAGAAAGAAGCAAGACUGGAGGCAGAGUUGAAGGAGCGGCAGGAAGGAGGCAGGAAGAAGGUUUAUGAAGCUGCAGAGGGGCUUGGUCAAGUGCUUUUCAUCCCACCAAUGAAAAGACAAGAAACAAGAAAUGCAGACUAGGUAUAGAAUUUGGCACUGUUCAUUCGAUUUGAAGGGACAGCUUUGGGCCACACAUGAGGCUACCACCCUUUUGUUGGUCUUGUCUUCUAGAGCCAACUAUUUCUUUUUUAUAUUUAUUGUGAUUGUUUCUCAUUUUGGAUUUUAAAUAAUCAAACAAUUUAAAUAAAAUUAAUAUUAAAUACUAAAGAGGCUGUUAAUAAAUACAAUGAAUAAAUUAA